ACAAAAUAAAAUCAAAAGCUAGUGACAACUUGUGACAGAUUUUCUGUGUUCUCGAAUAGCGUUUUAUGAGUGUGUAUGUGUGUGUUUAACGAUCCAAAAAAUUAAAUCCUGUUUUGUGAGAAGCUGGGUCUAAUUUGUGUCCACAGAAAAGAAAAAGUAUGCCAAAAACCUCAUGCCACGAUUUCUGUAGAUGUUAAUGUAAUUUUUUUGUUUUGGACCCCGAGGGAAAUAAUGAUAAAAUAGUGCUAACAAGAUGAUAAGAAUAUUGGCAGAAUUAAGAAACGUUUUUAGCAUGUUAGUGAAGUUUUAAUGCAGCAGAUUGAUUGAAAGUGCGAAUGCUGUUUGGUGCGUAAAAUUAUCGCCUGUUGCGUUGAUCGUGAUCACCACCGUAAAUGCUUGCGAUUAAACGUUACAAACAAAAAAAUAAAUGACAACUUUCAACUCACACCCUUACAGUUUCGCAAGGUGAUAUUUUUUUUUUUAUUCGGAAGUAAUCGAUCCUUCUCUUCGACGUGUUAUUUUUCAUGUUUGAGUAGUAACAGUGUGGUUAGUGCAUAAUAUCGUGCGAUUUCCUCGUUUAUUCGCAUAUCGUACGACUGUACGCGUUACAGAGUGAUGGAGUGGUGGUGUGUAACUGUGAGUGUAUUGUUUCCCGAAGAUAACCAAAGAAACGCCGAACCUUGAUCAAAGUACCGAUCCGAAAGGCCUCCGUUGGGAAGGUGCGUUUUGAUCAAUGUUUCCCACACACUGCGCCUGGCCCCAAAACGGUCCAACAUCACACAAUACCACACGAGCAAAUAGCACACCAUUGCAUACGAUCGAGCGUAUUCGAUUCACCACCACGACAACCGCGGAAUGCAAUCGAUCGUACGCGUGGUAGCAGCAGCGACUUUGACUGUUUUCUCCACCUUGCAAGUAUGUGCAAGAGUCGGCGGCCCAGGACGCACUGCUCGGAUUCGCUUUAAUUCGACCGAUCGAUCGGAGCGAUCUCGGCUGUGAAGCGGUGUAUGUACACUUGAUAUGCCUCCGGCCGGUCCGUGUAUCUGUCGGCGCGUGGGUGUGUUGCAGCCUGACGAAAGCAAGGCCCAGUUGCAGCGUCUGAUAGCUGCUGCUGCAGGUUCCCUUUCGUUUGACAUGUGUACGUGUGGUGCGCGCAACCAGCGAUACCGAUCUGAUCCGAUACAAUAGUGCACACGCGUCUAAAUGAUGCUAUCUCUUCUUCGUAGUGAAUUUAAUAGAUGUUUCCCCACCGAACAGUGUAGUUUGCAUAUAGCGAAAGGCAACGAAUAUUGCUAUAUAAUGUCAGAAGGUGUAUUAGUCUCCACGAUUGGCGGCUUGCGUUAUCAUUAGUUGUGUCUCAUCAUGCCACAACAUAAAGCUUCUUUUUGACCGUAAAUUCGUUUUCUCCUUCCGUCCGUUUGUUGAAAAAGUUACGUUAGCAGUUUGUUCCCUCUUUCUCCCGCAUGGAAGUCGUAAAGUUGUCCAUCCGGCUGGGUAACGUUGGGGCUAAAAUUUACCCCAAAUUUCAGCACUUCCAGCGGUUAAUCUCGCGCUUUUGAUCAGCACGGCUUUCGCCAAACAUGCAUACCUACGCACACAUGGAAAUAGCACACAUCCGAGAAGCUCGUAUCAAAGGAAGUGAAACACGGCGAACGAAAAUCCUUCUUUUGCAGCAGUCCCCAAAAACCAGUACCCCUUUCUGUCGGGUUGAGUCGAAGGUGCGACCGGUUUUUUUUUUCGUUGUUUUGUUUUUCACCUUUCUGGAGGGAGAAAGAUUGGUUUGCAAAAAUUAACACGACUGUCACUGGCCCAUCUCUGCUGGUCCGCGGAAACAUUUGCUACGUUCCCGGCAGGAAGCGAAUGGAGCCACCAAAGUAAUACCCAAAAGACAUAGGUCGAUAAACAACACACAGAAACAACUGUUCAUAAAAUAUCCAUCCCCAUUAUCGUAGCGCAGGAGGAGAAUUUCUCUGUUUGCUACCAAAAAAAACACAUACCAAGAAUGCCACAGCAUCAUUUCAACAGCCAAAAGAGCAGCUCCUCAUCACUGACGAUCGGGAAAGGAUGAGUGUGCCAGCGCUUGUGCCAUAAAUGAAAGCCACAAAAAAAGUUGCAUACCCGCAGGUUCCGGAACCUUUUUCCAAAACAAAAGCCCUUAAGACACCCGCUAGCCUACCCUCUCUGGUGCGGGGUGGUGGUGGGCAAGCACAAAAGAAAUAACCGUUUUUGGACAGCAGCAAAAUUGUCCGACCACAACGGGGUAUAACCCCUCGUGCGGUUGCACGUUACGGUACAUUCCACUGCUUCUUAACAGCAAUGGGUUUUCAUCCCUUAAUGGUUUACACUUGAUGGGAAUGUAAAUGCUUCGGCCCCAUUGGGCCAAUUUUGGGACAAUAAGUGUCGAAACAAGUACAACACCUUUGGCCGAGGAAGAGCUUGAUGAUGAGCAGGAAAACCCGAACAACCACGUAUGGUAGGUAGGUGGUGGCUCAAUUAUUAUUGUGCCCUCAUCUCUCACAUAAAAAACGGGAAGAAUUGGUUUUUGGGCAGACUUUCUUAUCAAAGGCGCUCGGGGAGAGGGUCCUUUUCGUUUUUGGUGGAUCCUAUCUCAGCACACUUUUACUGCGUUGGUUGUAGUUUUUUUUCUUGUUGUUAACGGAAGAGAGAUCGGUUGACGAUCAGCAACCGGUUCACUGGAGAAUGUUAAUUUGCGUUAAAAAAAGGAAACCCAAACAUCAGAUGAUGACGCAUCACAUGGGCCUAUAAUAUAUCUUCUCCGGUUCAUCGUCCUUAUUGCGAAAUGGUUUUACCUACAUGGUUCAAUAUCAACUUUUAAAGCAAUUUGAAGUUUAAAACUGACAUUUAUUAUGCACUAUAGAGUGAUCAAUUCAACCACAAAAAACAUACACAUAACCAGUCAUCAUACUAUUGACUUUGACUUUUAGCCACACAUCAAAAAAAGCAAAAAAUUGUCCUUCAUCCUAGCGGUGAGAAGCGGAUAGCCCAGUUUGAACAGACGAUGUUAUCUCCACCGUCUCCACUGCCUGUUACAGAUUUAUUUGCCGGGCGUGUGUGAAUUGUUUUCAUAAUUAAGGUCACCAUUGAUUGGUAUCGAGCCGGAAACUCCAAACAUAUGUCCGAACUUCGUUCGUUUCUGUUUGUGCACCGAUGUCCAAAUUUAGACAAGCUGCCUGGCUGAAUGCAAUAGGAGAGAUUUUAUCCCCACAAAACCACACAUCUGGGCUGAAGUUUUGAUAGUAAAAGAAGACCGGUUUUUUUUAAACCAAAACGAGAUGAUCAUCAAAUGAUUAGUUAACGACUUAUUUUGCGUAUAGGUAAGCUAAUAUUUUGUGAGGUAAUUGGAAGUUUAGAAUUGAAGCUCAACCAGGAAUUUGAAGUAAUCAACAUUUGAUUUUUGCACAACUAAACUAGUUUCCUUGUUAACAAAAGAUAUGAAUAUUCAUUCAUUUUAGUCUCUUUCUUUAUAAACUUUGGCACCGACAGACAGGUAAUCAAUUAUCUAAAGAAAAAUAAUUGUUAUACUACUCAUUAUGGGGUGUUACAGCAGUUCUUUAAUAAAUUUCUGCUUUUAGAAACACUUUUACAAUAACAAAAUAAUUGCUAAAGGAUAUGUAAGUUAAUAGAAAAAUGUUUCUUAAAAAAUAAAAAAGCAAAAUUUCCAAAAAAUAUUCGUUCAUCUACGGGUUUUGACUGUUUUCCAGCGAACGAACGAAAAAAAAAUACUUUCACACCGUAGACCGACUUUUUCACCCAGAGGACCCACUCUCGUCCAAAAAUAUCUCUAGAGUCCUGGAAGUAAACGAGCCACUCAAACCGAACCAUUCAACUGUUCACUGCUCACCUCAUCAAUACCUCGAUCGAGAAAUCCACCCCAAAAAGAAACAUGCAAAAAUGCAUUUGAAAUUAAUAUUUCUUUUCUCAAGGACACAGCCAAGCAGUAGCACAAACAGCACUACCAUGCUUGUCCGACGGGGCCAGCCUAUUCUGCGUCACCUUUCUCAUUCACCUAUUGUUGUGCACGCGCGCCGUGUAGUACCACCACACCUUCUGCAUCAUCCACACUUGCGCUGGUGGAUUCCAUGAUCCGUGGAAGUAGCCGAGCUGCGUACAUAUUUUGUGUGUAAAUUCUUUUCAACACCUCUUCACCCAUUUCCCAUCGGUUCGGUUGCCACCGUUUACGGUGCUUUGGGGAGGUUGUUGUUGGGGCCAAAAGCCAGCACAACACCAUCAACCAACAACAAAAACACACGCUUGUCCUUACGUAACCGUCUAGCGGAUCAUUAUUAUCGCACUUUUUUCUUAAACUUUGCUGCUGCUGUUUUGUUUGCAUCGCAUCCACCAAGAAAAAGAUCAAUUACAUGCUCUCGGCGCAUACAUCGGCGGGCCCCAUGCGAACCACCUUACCCCAAACAUCUGUGGGAGAAAAGACCAACCCGCGCCCGAGGCAUAGGCGGCCUCUUCACUUCAACAUAAGUCUAGCAGACAGUGCAAGAGAGAGCGAGAUAGAGAGAGAGGGAGAGAGAGAAAGAGCUCUUGUGCGUUGACCGUCAGCGCCCACCAACCGUUCAUAUACCAUCAUGAUCAAACCGCAUAAACAUUGAAACAUGCCAACAAAACCUGCCGCUUGCGCUCACAAUCACAUUCAGGCACAAGUUUGCGCCCCGAUUCGUGAGAGAAUUUUUUUGUUUUUUGCUUCACUCCUCUUGUUUUAAGGAAUUUUGUGCACCUCACACCACAACAUACCAUGUCCCAGCCCGCCGACUCCGAAAGGAACGGGAUGUGGAGGGCAUGUUGUUUGGCAAAACACCUUAAGACAGUGUGUGAGCACCCAGAGGGAGCAGCAAAAGCUCUCUAUAUUAGUGGGCAACAAAGUUCACCCCACAAGUCAUCUUUGGCGGAGAAGCUGUUGAACGUUGUAAGAUGCCGGACCUCCAGAUGGCGAUGGUUGGUUCAGCUGACUGGUAGGUUAAUUCCAAAGGUUAUCGUCAAAUCGACGAUGAAGUGUGCGAAGGGUUUGAGAAGCAACUCAGCGUGAUGAAGAGGUCACCAACGGGUGAGGUUCAUGUCUAGCUCGUAAAACCUUUCCUAUCGCUAUCGAUGUCCACUGAAACGGUCGGUCGCGAGCAAACUCUAAGCCGUUUUGAGUACAUGGGAACGGAUAAGAGGUUUGGACACGUUUUGGAAGGACCAGUAGUGGUUUGGUCGGAACGGUCAACGAUUGAGUAAUUGUGGCUUUGGCAUCGCUUCUUUUCUGUCUUGCUUUUUUACAUCUAGUCAACCAUCCAAACGAGAUUAUCAGGAACAUUCUUUACGAUGUAUAUUAUAGCCUAAAGUUUAUUCAAAACCGGAAACCGUUUUAUCUUCAAUUGAUCUCUUGUAGUCACAUGUUGUUUGAUCCAGUGAUUUAUCAUUUUGGUUACGUCUUCAACACACAUAAAAUGCUUACGACAAAAGGCAAGAUCGUUCAAAGCACUGCAAACCUACUGACCUCUUCAGAAACUCCACGCUUUCUGGGGAUCCCACGACAAUCUCAAGACCUGAGACCUGAAUGAACUCUCGCAUUCACAUAGGAUUAGGUUUGAAAUCAUAAAGGGUUUUAAAUACCAACGCUUAUUCAGCGAUGAGCAAGCUUUCUGUACGAAAUACCCAAUGGAUGACCUACUGAAAAUAAAUAAGCUUACACUUUUGGGACCAGUUGAGUUCAGAGUAGAGGAGUUGAUAUUGUAGGAUUCAACUAUACGUCCAUAUCUGGUGCAAAUCUAGAUUAUCGGUCAUUCAUGUCACAUAUAUUGGCGACCAUUAGACAUGAUCAGUCAACUAGCUAGAAAAAAUUUUAUUUGUAACAAAAACUUAGCCAUUUACAGUUUUAUUACUACAACCAGAUGUCCAAAGAAAAUUAAACUUGAAAGUAAUCAAAUACGUUCUGCUUUAAUCAUCUUUCUACAUAUCUUUUACUGCCUUUUUACUAUCUACUGACCUUUUCAUCACGAUCAUGAUAUCAAUAAUGUUUCCCAUCAACGAAGGAAAGGUCAAAAAGUCUGCGAUGUUGUUGUUUUGUAGAUGAAUAUUUUUAAACGAAAACACCCGUGCAUAUCCGUAAAAUGUUAUAUAGCAAAACAAAAAUGUUAAAUAUCAUUCGUACAAAAUAAAAACCAAAACCCGAACUGCUUGCCGAACUUAAGUUUUGUGUAGUAGUCCGAAAGCCAAUGUCGCCCAAUUUUUAUUGGGUAUAAUAUCAAAGAUAUCAAAGCGCAAAGUGCGCACAUGUCACAUAAUACAGCUUCCAGAAGAUUCGCUUUCCAAACAGAGAUGAUGUCAAAAAUCGAUCUUCGUUAGAAUUUAUCCAUGGCAAGUCGCGAUCUUCUCCUACCUUGCCGCCGCGUAUAUGCCAAUUUGAUCUUCUACCCAGAUUUCCUUCUGGGUCGCAAACUCCAUAAUCUCCUCAACGCAACAAACCAUCACAACAGAAAACGGUCCUCCUUCCCUUUCUACACUUUGCCUUCGCUUGGUCCUUCCUUUCCUCCUUCUCCCACCCACCAAAUUCGUUGGAGACCGGUUUUUCGGGGGGACUUUUUCGUAUCAUUAUUGUUCGAGACUUGUUGUGUUGUCCACCAUCGCGCACCCGGUUCCAUGAGCACACACAUUCGCGCGACAGUGUUUCAGGUGCAGCAUUCGUCAUUCGGGGUCUGUCCGGUGGGGGGGGAUUUCAAUGUGGCGUGAGAGGGAAGCGAAAACUUGUUUCCACUAAAAAGUCAGCACGCAGCUAGCAAAGGGGCUACACCCUGCAAUACGGGGCCAAUCAGCCAGCCGGUCACAACACUAAGCGUCAGCAGGUGCCUAAGACUAUUGUGAACGAUAGUGGAUUAUGGUGCUUGUUUAUAUCUUGACCGGUUGUACACGCCACACCAUGGAUGGACAAAAAUAUAGAAAUAGAAAAAUCCAGAGAAAAACUGUCGAAGUUCUGUCGUCGAUUUACCAACUUUUGGAAGCUUUAAAACUACAAAAUUCCUUCAAUUUAAAUCUCUAAUAAAAUGCCACUCACGACACAUGACAUGAGAGUAGCCGCCACAGAUACAACAAAUGGCUCACCCACCACCGGAUGGGCUGACUCCACCUGCAGGAAGGUGACCAAACAAACGUGAGUUAUAUCACACCGGCCUUCUUCCGUUGCAACAUGGACGCCGGAAGAACUCACCCGCUGCUCACUUUAUUUACCGUGGUCUAACCUUCCUUUUCGGGGCCACACAGUAGCCCGAGUGUCUUUGUGAUCGAUUUGAACGUUUUUUGUGCUUCACACAAAUCCACUGUGUAACGUGUUCCUGCAAACAGUUCAAUAGUUACCGAUGUUAAACUCCUUCAAAAAAAAAAGGAAACCCCACCACAUUGUGUUGGUCAGGGUUUUGCGUCCUACCAGCGCAUCUUCUCAAACCAUCAACGGUCUAGCACCACGUACAUCGGGACUGCUGCCAGCGCGGACGAGCGAUCAACCAGGCAAAAAUGUGACAAUAUACGACAUGCAUAAAAGCAACUUCAUUUGCAAAUGCCGUGCCCCUGUGUGUUUCCUUGUUGUACUGCUGUGCAAACGAGGCGUCACAGAAACACACCGCUAAACGUUAAACCAGCGGAAGAAUUUAGUGUAACCGGACGGUUUGCUGAAAACAUGCUUGAAAUACGUUGCUCGCCGUUGGUAGCCAUCCAUCGUGACCAAGAAAUAAUGUGACAAAACCGCAACGGGGUAAUUCUACAAUCCGGGUGGUUGUAUUGAUUCGGGUAAGGUGCGGUUUUUUCUUUGCUUGCGCUGGGUCAUUACAAAGUGGCGAUAAACCAAAGGUUUGGUCAGUUUCUGGCAGUGCCACACAACAAGGAUGUAUAAAUAUACUAAUAAUGGAAAUAAAUGUUAGCAGAGCCGAAGCCGAGUUCGUUCAAAUAUAAAUAGAAACUGAUUUACAUUGUUUUUUAAAUAAUACAAUUCUGCAAUAUAAUUGUAUUUGCUUCCAUGGGAAAUAUAUUUUUGUGGUCAGAAUACACGACAAUAUUUUAUUUUAUCCACUUACUUCUUUAGGACCAAUAAAUGACAGGAUUUACGCAAUAAUUAUUUCUAGUUAAUCGCGUUGGUAGACACUCCCUUCACAUGUGGUCUGUUUUAUGUUUUUUUUUUUGUAUUACUUCGUGUAUUGUCUCUUUUGUAAACUGUUAAAACCCAUUCCAAAAAGGGAAUUAAUUAAUCUUUCUACUGCACAGUGAAAGGACCAAUAAUCGACAUGUCAAUUACAAGCGAACGAAAGUGAACCAUUUUUUUCCCUUCAAUUAUCCAAUUCCACUGUCAGCUGACUCGCGAUCAGGUGACUCGAUCAGGGUGGUGAUACGUGUAUCAUCGAUGUAACACCAUCAGCAGUGUUAACCCAGAUCCACUCAAACUUGCUUUAUCUGUUGAACUUUUUUUCUCUCACUGCUUCGUGUUCCCGCUUACGCUACACCGUUGGCCACCAGUCUGAAGGUCAUGACGCCUUUCACUGGGCGCUGCUGCAGUGGUCAUCAAACAAUCUUGUACAGAAGCUGAGCCGGCUUUACAGCUCAUAGCACGACUCGGUGAAGUUUAUUCCCUACUGGGAAAGCGGAUGUAGGUCGUUCAGCAUAGGGCCACCGAAUGUUGGUGGAGCAAUAGGCGAGAAAAAGAAAGUUACGAGAUAGCACGAUCUCCCGUAAGGAUUGCGAACUGGUACAUUAUAUCACACGUCGUGUUUAUCGUGCUUUGAUUACAGAAUUUGUCUGUAAUUGUUUGUCUUGCUUUGUGUUAAAUAUGGAGCUUUGUUUUUAUGUUAUAUAUGACACUUGCUUGUUGUGAUCUUACUCCACACAGUUCCCUCUUUUCUGUUUCUGUUACACUACAUCCACGGAAGCUCUCUUUGAGCCAUUCUUUGAGAUUUCUUCCCACUAGACAGGAUAAGAAGCUAAUGGAUAGGAAUUGGUAACGAAAAUGUCGCUUAAAAUGAUCGACUUUGCACAGGGUUUUCAAUUAAUGCACAUUACAAAACACAAAAAUACACCUGUUUCCACAAAAGGACAACACAUUUAAUUCCAUAUUUUGCAGUGAAACAGACACACACCUAACGGAAACCUUUACACUAUGCCAAUGUUGUGCCAAUGUUCCAAAGAAAACGAGUCACAAUACGCAAUAAAAAUGGCAAACAUUAAAAAGUCAACCCGAAGCGACCGUCCGCGUCGGUUGUCACCCCAUUAGGAUGCAGCAUUCUACCACCCGAGUUAUUUAAAUGCGAGCAACUUUAGUGACAAUUGUGAGGACACAAUUCACUCGUCGCCUAACAAGGGAAACGCAUAAUUUCCAACGCAAAUGAAGAAACUCGCCAAAACACCGGUGGGUGCUUCAUAUUUCAUGCUGCGGCUUAUUCAGUACUGUAAGCUAAAAUGAAUGGGAAACAAGAGUGGCCUGGCUACACUGCAUAGGUGUCACAUUUUCAUAGCCCAACAAAUCAACACACGUUUUACAGAUCCGAUUCUAGCGCCUAGUGGAGACCACAUGCCACAGCUAGUCUCAGUGGGUCAUUCGAAAUAUUCCCCAGCGUUUGACAACAGGAGGAAUGCAAAUUGUGUAGAAUAAAGAAACAUUAGAAGGUGCUUGAAAUGCGUACAUAUAUUGAUACAGUCACCAUAUAAGAAGGGUUUGCGACAAACUCUAAACCCAUCAAUUUCAUCUCUAUGUUGAAUGGACUUAACUCAGACCUUUGAAGCAAACGUUUAGAAAGGUAAACAAUACCAUACCACAUCAGAAAUCAAAAUAAUAGUGUCACAAAUAGUUUGCAACACCGCUCUGUAACAACUUGCCUUUCUUUGACGAGUGAUUCACCACGGGUGGUCUCACCAUUCGCCUGCUUUGAUCAGGUGUUUGCGGGGCUCCACUCAAUGAUCGUAGUGCCGGAACACCAAGCAAAGCAGGCAUGCCACCUUCAGAAACUGUAAAACAUGUGGGAGCUCAGUAGGUACAUGCUAAGAGUACCAACCGGGUGGCUGCCAGUUGUUCAAAUGGGGAUAGAAAAGCUCUGCAAGUCUACGGUAAAUAUGAUGAAUUAUAAUUCAACAAUCAAAAGAACGAUCUAUAAAGCUAUGAUACGCGAAAGAGAAGGAAAACAAUCCGGAAGUGAAACAGUUCAGUUCAUCAUCAACAUCCAAGUCAAUAUACGAUCGAUAGUGAGUGUGAGGUUGAGAUGCAUUUGAUGCACGACACGAAAGUUAAGCUCCUCUAUGCACUGUGAGGCAAAUUAUGUUGCUUAUUGUGUGUGUUUUGAUGCACUAAACUUUCGUUUUCCGCAGUGAAGUACCGCAUGAGAGGUAUGAAUUAUGACUCCUCAGGUUGCAACACAAUGCUCUUCACCAGAUUAAGUUUUCCCACCGAACGAGCGAUUUUAAUGUUGCCAAUGUGCACCCUAUUUUAUACACCGAUGGUGCAUUCAUUUUAAGGAAGUUCAGGUAUUUUCGCAUUAAUGUUUUUAGCUAGAGGAAAUACACACAAAUAAACCGUUAAAGUCUCCGAUUACGUCAACUAUAGUGUAACAGAUUAGUUUUAUAUUGUCCAAGAAGCAGUGAUUAUUAACCCAAAAUUUCCAAUGUUUCUACUGAUUCUAGUGACAUUUAAGUUAAUACAAAAAAUUGUGUAACAUAAAUGUGUUCCAAUAUAACCAUCAGAAAUCAAAUUGCAAUUUAAGAAAACUAAUGCACUCCAUUGAUUUUAGUUAUGUUUUUUGUGUUUUUCAUAUCUGAUUAUAUUAAUUUACGCAGUAAAAUUAGUACAUCUGGCUUAUAUUAGCAUUUCUUUCUUAUUUGUCUUGAUUACAACUUCAUCGCUGACCGUCAGCUCGUGGCUGAUAAAUUAUCAUCCUAUUUUCGUUCGGACAAAAACCGGCCCUAACAUAAACCUGUCGAUUUGGUGUGUGGAAACUACAAAAACAUAUUAUUAACGCUAGGGCAGCGUAUGGUGGUGACCACGACCCGCGAAUAUAAAGGCACACAAAAAUAGCCUUCCACCGGUCGAAGCAACACGACAAGCCGGUGCAGACUGUUUACUACCAAAACAGUUACCAUUACCACCCCGCCGCGGUUACAAUGGUGGCGCGGGCUAUACACGCGGUCACCAGUGUAACCGCAAUGGGCCAUACUGGUCUCUGAUCAGCGCAGAGGAGCUUCGUACGUGAGUGAGCCCCUGGAGCACGUUCAAGGUGUACCACUAACUUUCAGUCGACUGUCGCACACGGUGGCUUACGGGUGGCUUACUCAAAAAUACGGAGACGACGCACACAGUGUUGUCGCCGAGUGACGGAUCUCUUCAUGCAAAGGGAUUGUUGUUGUUUCUAUCUCGAGAACCGGCUACGGCAAACCUGAGCAACGAUCCGCGCAAUCGCUUAAGCUGACCGGCACAAAAGGGCAUUAGUUAAAUAUGGUGACAAACUUCAGCAAAAGACUUUGAGCUAUGCAGCCAAUUAACCCACAACGAUAGAUUGACCGAAGUUACUUUAAUGCUAUUGUGAUUUUUAAUGUGUACCUCAAGUGUUACGAUAUCGUUACGGAAGUACGAGGAAGAGUCUUUUUCGAAAACAAUCCACAUAACUAAACAGUGAAACAUCGCUUCCGAAACCUGCACGAAAUUAGCGUGAAUUCAAAACUAAGAACCACCAUCAUGUAUCCUCCGAUACUAGUGUUAGUGUUAGCGUUAGUGUCCAUCUCCCGCCAAACCUCCACCCUGGAGCUGCAGGAAGAUGACGGUCGGGAAAGUGACAGCUAUUCUAGUUCCUAUGGAAGCUUGGUGGCGGCUGGCACUGGGUCACUGCUUUCAUAUAGUGGUAGUACGGGUGCAAUGCAGGAUGAGGCUGCUACUAUUACGCCUAAUACCGUAGCAGCUGCACCGUCCAUCAUACUACCACCAAGUGAUGUGCUAGACAGUGUAUACUAUCAACCUCACAACAAUCCCGAGCACCAGUAUCGUGAUCCACUCGGUAGUAGCGAAGAAGAUCGUGCCAUUUACCCCGAUAGUAACAACAGUUCGGAGCUGAGCGGGGUUGACGAUCAGUACCUGACUACCAGCAGUAGUUCCCUUCUUGACUAUGGGUCCAGUUUACUUACAUCGAGUGAACGAAACGAUAGUGCCGAAUCCGUACAGUCCUCGAGCACAGACAAUGAAGCUCGUGCUAGCGUUCCACUGGCGUUUGUGAGUGAACACGACGAACCAGUGCGUGAAUCACCAGAAGAUCAACAUCUUCACCGGGCGGUGCACCAUCAUUCCCGUGAGGAACCUUCGCUAAGCAGUAGAGCUUUGGAGCACCAUCAUCUGCACCAGGAUUUGCCUUCGGAAACGACAAACCAUCUUUACAACGGUGUCGACACUGGCAGCAGUGGUGGAACUGGAGUUAACGAUAGUGCCGAACAUUUCACCUCAUCCGAUGGAGAGAACAAUGUGGAAGAUACGCAGGAAGACGAUGUUCUGCAGCUAGCCACUACUACCACGGUUCCUCCGGGGCCGUUAGUUGGUACGAGCCCUGACCAGGACGGUAACGUUGAUCAUCCGCCGGCCGUUCUGCAUCCUCUACGACCCACAAAACCAGUCCCGGCAUCGAAUUCCGGCGGCAGUGGUAUCGACGAGAGCAAACUUUCCAAACCGGAACUGUUGGCACAGCUGAUCGCUGACAAGAACCUACGGAUGCCGAUCGCAUUUCUCGUUGACACAUCGAAUGAUUCGCUAGCCUUUACCAAGAAGGUACUGGAGGCAUCUCUUGUACCGAAGUCACCGCUCGAUGCGAUCCUGAUGCGCUACAACGCUACCGGUAUAUCCAAAUCCAUUACGUUCCGCAACACAAAGUCCCUAAUGGAGGCGGUCAAUUUACUGCAGCCCAGUUAUGAUCGUGGUGGUAGCGAGUACUACAGCAUACUACGUACCUCACAAGAGAUACCGUACGACAGUGCUAUCUUCCUAGCGACCAGCAGAGCAACUACCGACUCACAGCUUUCCCGCAUGACAGCGCUCACCUUGCUCAAGAAACGGAUUCGGCUCUACGUUAUCUGGUUCGGUGAUGAGAUUGUAGACAGCAAGCAACAGUUGGAUCAACCAAUGACCAACCAGACGGCACUGCACGAACUAGCCCACAAGACCGGUGGUCGUGUGAUACACUUCGAAAUUGAUCGAUAUUUUGGCAGCAAUCCGGUGUUGACAACCCUACUAUCCCAGCACGAUCUGCACGGAACGCAAUCGAUCCCGGUCAGUGUCGGGGAAGAUGUGAACAGCUUGUACUUCAAGUUGCACGGUCACAUCGACCAGGCCACGCUGGAAACGCCCAACGGAACUGUAAUUGAUUUAUUUCAUGACAAGAAGCACAACUACACUACCGAAAAAAAAUCACAUCCAACCGAGAUGGUCAUAUUAACCGAAUCGAAAGAAACUCCUUUGCUACUGUACCAGCUAAACCAAGCACAACCGGGACACUAUCGGUUAAACGUAACCUCCUCAAGUGCUCCAGGGAAUUACUACAACAUUACGAUAAAGACUGCACAGAUCUAUUGGCAUGGAAUCGAUCUUUAUGAAGUGGGACCGGUUGCAGCAACAGUACCGGAGCUGUGGGAAAAGGAAGCGGAAGAGUCACUGAGUAAUGCUGUGGAAGGAAAUAUAAACCUUCAACCUUACUCUGGUGGAAGCUCAAAAUUGCCAAAAUCGAAUAGUGACGAGCAUCGGUUUGCGCGCCAAACUGAGUUGAUCGAUGAAGAUAGCGGCAUCAUCAGUGGCCGUGCAUCGAUCCAAGCUAUCACCAAGGUUGAUGUUGGCGUUAACUCGCAGUUGAUUGGAGCCCGCGGACAAGCUCUUCAACUAUACUUUGAAGUUACGAACUAUCGGCAGACCCCCAUAACGUACUUCUUCCGCGUAACGGACGAGCUGGCGUUCCUGCGAUCGCUUAAUCCUGGACAAGUGACACUGAGCCCUGGACAGUCGAUAAUCGUGACGGUCGCCCUAGUAGUGACACCAACGGCUGAAAUUGGUUCGCGAGACAAGGUAACCUUCUCCACCACCGGUGUCGAUUCGGUUUCACAGUCAGCAUGGGUCACUGUGUCCGAUUCGGCUGGUCUAGCCGACAGUACCCGCCCAUCGCUCUGGUACACCUACUCCAGUCGUUGCGAGUUCCGAUCAACACCUGCCACCUGUACCGGAGCCUUCUGGACGCUCGAGGUGAUGGCACGCGACUGGGAGACGGGACUGAUGCGCAUCUCCUCGAACCCAGCCGGUUUGCUCUAUAAGACACCAUUUACAGCAGGCACACGGGACGAGGUGCGUGCCAGUUAUACCGCUUCCUGCUGCCAACCGCGCGUAACCAUAACAGCGUACGAUGUCAGCCGAAACGUGCGCAGUCUUAAUCUGGACGUAACAGACAUCUGGCUCAAUGAAGCGGGCAUCGCUGCGGUCGUACUUGGUAUACUACUGUUUAUCGCGCUGAUCAUUCUGCUCGUACUGCUCAUACGAUACUGCAUUCGCAAACGACGACAAUCGAAAGAGUUACCCAUCUACCGGGGUGGUGAAUCCCUGAGUACGCGUCGUGCCAAGUGAGCGGCUUGGUUUUAAAGUUAAAUAGUUUUAAGAACAUUGUGUUUCUUCAUAUGUUCUCCUCGCUUUAGUUCGUAAUAAGUCCGCUAACAGCAGCCAGAUUCAUUUCUAACGCAAAUGUGGUAGAUACCAAAAGUUACCUCCGAUGAGAAGAAAAAAUAAAUAUAACAUUCAUAAGCUUAAA